AUACCAAGGCAACAAACGGUGACGCCAGACAUAGCAGCCAGCCAAGACAUUUGCUAGCAUUCAUUCAGGGAGAGCGGCUCAUUUUGCAAACAUGUACAACGUAGAAAAAUUUAUUCUGAAGUUCAACCGGAAGCGCUUUUGUGUAUCUCGUUAACGGGUGCGCGCACUUUAACGGUGGUAGCACUCGCGCUCCAUCCUUUCUGACAGCCUCACAAAGUAGGAAUCCAUUCUCGUCAUGGCGUCUGAAGAGCUCGCCCGAAAGCUGCAAUCGCGACUUUCUGCUACACAGGAGGCCGUUCCGAGGCCCGAACCCGAACAGAGCCCUGUCCGACCCAAACCGCAGGGGUCAGAUGCUGCCUGUGGAGAUUCAUCAUCCGAGCUAUCCGCUAAACUGACGCGUAGGCUGGACAUCAACGAGGGUAACGCUGCACCACGAGCGACCCGGGUCUUCAACCCUUACACCGAGUUCAAAGAGUUCUCCCGCAAGCAGAUUAAGGAUAUGGAGGGGAUGUUCAAGCGGUAUGACACUGGAAAAGACGGCUUCAUCGACCUGAUGGAGCUAAAGCUGAUGAUGGAGAAACUGGGAGCUCCACAGACCCACCUGGGCCUGAAAAACAUGAUCAAAGAAGUGGAUGAAGACUUUGAUGGCAAACUAAGCUUCAGGGAGUUCCUGUUGAUUUUCCGGAGAGCAGCAGCUGGAGAACUGCAGGAAGAAAGUGGUCUACUGGCAUUAGCAAGACUGUCUGAGAUUGAUGUCUCCACUCAGGGUGUUUUGGGGGCCAAAGACUUUUUUGAAGCCAAGAUGCAGGCUCUGUCUGUCGGUAGCAAGUUUGAGGCUGAAAUUCGAGAGGAAAAAGAAGAACGCAAGAGACAAGAAGAGGAGAAAAAACAACGACAUGCUGCCUUCAAGCAGCUGCAGUCCACCUUCUGUUCAUAACCCACCACAGAAAGCAGCAGAUGCAGAUUACAAAAUUCAGUGUUACUGAAGUUUUAGAAACACACUCCUUACUUACACUCAAACCUGUUUUAAAAUAUGGCACUUAAAUAAAAAAAAACAGAUUAAUUACAUUAAAAUUAAAUCUUGACUAAAAUAAAAAACAUGUCAUAACUAGGCACAGGGUGAAGUCCAGCAUAUGGUUAGCCUUGCACAAAACAUAUAUCUUGUAUAUUGUAUGUUCGACCUCUAGACCAUCUGAAAUGUGUCUUUGGGUUUGUUUGUUUUUUUCUAUUUGUUUGUUUCGAGUUUUGUGCUAUAACCUUGUUGAUGAACAGCUGUUUGCAAUCCCACAGCUAAACAAUCAUAAACAUGUUUCUGUUUACCUACAGAGUGAAUAAAGAAGAUUUAAAUACAUUAAUUACAUUUCUCCAAAUCCAGAUCCUUUAGAUGUGUUGUAGACCUAGGCUAAGGACAACAACUGUAAACUGAAUUUUAGCCAUAUUGCUAAAAGCACACAGAAGACGGCUUCCAUUUGAUUAUGCUUGCAUGUUACAGUAGCAUUUCUCAACUUUGCCUUUGCUAAGACUUCAUUUCUUAUGACCCUAGGGGGAAAAAAGCUGUUCUUAAGUGGAGGUCUGAUGGUAAUCCUUUACCUUAAUUAGUGGCAGGUAACAGUUUUCUAAGUGGCAUCUUUUAGGUAUCUUUCGAAAGGAACCAUCUGUAUAAAACACCAAUGAGCUAUUGUUUGAAUAAUUCCUUUGUGAUGAUUUGCACACAGUAAUAUGGUGUAAAAGCAGUAGAGAGCACCUUUGCUGUGACCAACAGUAAAUAUGUGAGCAGCAUCUCAAGUACAAGAUCCCAGGAUAAAUGUGCCCAUCUGAUUUGAUUUUACAGGUUCCCUCCUGUAAAAAGAGUGACAUAUCACAAAUUAAGACGUGAAAGGUCUAGUGUCUGUGGACUACGGGAUAACAAAAAAGCUGUCACUUCGGUGCCCAAUUUCACUGAAAAGAUGACCCAAAACAAGAGAGAACAUCCAGUUCUUUUUUUGUAGCUCCUGAAAAGUAAAUCUUCAUGCGUUGUUUGAAAUGCACUGUGGUGUUUUGGUGCAAGAAACAAAAUGUUAGGGGGAGUUCAGUCAAUAUACACUGGAAACCUCACUACCAUGUUUUUUUUUUUUUUCCUUUUUUCAAAUGAGCCAUCAGCUAUACAUAAAUUGCCAAUUUUGAAUGGCUAUGCAGGUUUUUAACUGACUUCAGAGGCUGCUGAAAUUCAGCUUCAUUUCCAAAUUGGACAAAUGCUGAUUUUUAUGUUGUGAUACUGUGAAUUACAGUACUAUGCAAAAGUCUUGGGCCAUCGUUCACUUCUUUAAAUCUUUCUUUAAACUUAGGUAAAAUGUGUAGUAUUUUGAGGUGAAAAAUGAAUCUAUUUUGGAGAAAAAUGUAAGCUGAUAAAAUGUGGAACAAGUGAAGUGCUGUGAGUUCCUUUAGAGUCACUGUAACAAAAAACUUUGCAAACAACCUAUUUUCUGUAACAUUUCAUCCUCACAUCAGGUGUCUGACCUAGUCUUGUUUUUCCUAUUUCAGAAAUAUUGGUAACCUCAGGACUGUUGUCUCAAAAUGUGAACUGGAAAUGCUCAUCCAUGCUUUCAUCUCUACUACUAGUUCAGAUUAUUGUAUUAAACUGUUUUCUUGUCUAAAGCAUCUAGUAAUUGCUUCUAGUCCAGCUAAAAUGCUGCUGGAAGGCGUUUAACUGAUUUUAAAUCUUCUUUCAUCACCACCUUUUUAAAAGUUUUUACAUUGGCUUCCUGUCAGGUUCAGAUUUAAGUCAAAAACAUAGGUUCUUACUAAGGCAAUGGUCCAUUUAAUGUUGUUAUUUAUGUAACACCAAAUCAAAGCAACAGUUGCUUUAUAUUGUAAGGUAAAAACCCUACAAUAAUAAUAAGCAUCUGCAAUAAUACCCUGAUUCUUCAAACACCAUUUUGACUUUGCAUAAGCUGUUGUUGAAUGUCUGUCACUUGUUAAGAACCAAUUUUUAAGUUGUACCUUUAGAUACUGUAUUUUAUUAUUAGCAGCCCGUCACAAAAAUUUAUAAUUUACACUGAUUUAAUUCCAACAGACACUUUAGGAAUCCAACGAUUCCUAAAGUGCGAUUUGCCAAAUGCUUGAGAUAUCAUGGCAUAAUGUACUCUUUCAUAUGAAAGAGGUUGGGAGAGUGGUCCAUAGUGAGUGUCUGCAGCCAUUUGUAAAACAUGGCAUCUAUGAACGUUUGGGGCUGCAUUUCAUGGGGAUCUUUUUCAAAUUGAUGGAAUUAGGGUAGAGAGACAGGAAAACAGACAUUCUGUGAAAGAGAGCUACGUUACCUGAUCCAGUCCUGAGUAUAAGUUUUGCCAAAAAAGAAAGUUUUAAGCCUAAUCCUAAAAGUAGAGAGUGUGUCUGCCUCCUGAAUCCAAGCUGGGAGCUGGUUCCACAGACGAGGGGCCUGGAAGCUGAAGGCUUUCCCUUCCAUACUACUCAAAUACCCUAGGAACCACAAGUGAACCAUUAGUUUGAGAGCACAGUGCUCAAUUGGAGGAAAUAGUCCCCAAAUAGAGCACAGGCCUCAGAUUAUUCAAGACCUUGUAUGUGAGGAGCAGGAUUUUGCAUUCAAUUCUGGAUUUAACAGAGAGGCAAUGAAGAAAAGCCAAUAUAGGAAAACUAAAUAUUCUUUCUGUACCAACAGGGAUGGUAUAAUGUUUUUGUAUUAUAUACUGUAUUUCCAUGUUUCUUUGUGUGUGUUUCAGUAAAUCACUAUACCUUUUUCCAAUUUUCCUACCAAACUAUAAGGAAAUGAGGGUGGCUCGAGACUCAACGUACUGUAUGCAUAUCCACUGAAAGCAGUCUCACUGCAGUAUUUUGAGAUCAGUGACAGGCUGCGCAGGAGAGUCCUGCAGUUCCUUCAUUUAGCACAUCUGCACAGAAAAGAGUUGUACGUGUUACUUCAUCAUGUAGUCUUAGCUUUGUCAAUAGUUUUGCUAUGCAGCUAUGUUGGUAGCAUUGGUCCAGAGAAGAGACUGAUACUUGAAGUAAUAGCUCAAUAUUUUGGGAAAUACUAGGAUUUUCACUUCGGUAAUCUCGGGGUUGCACUUUUACUUUGCUUAGGGUUCACUUUGCUUAGCGUAAAGAGUAGAAGCAUGGUUAACAACUAGCCUAGUUCUGUCCAAACUGAUUACAUAGAUCAAGCAAUAGCCUUAAGGCUCCCAAUUAUGUUGCCGUCUAUAAUUUUAUUUGUGUUCAAGUCAUUUCUAGUAUUCGGUACGAUUUGAGUCUCCAUGUCACAACUAUGUGUAUUUUGUAUAAUAAUGGGCCAGCACCUAUUUUCAAAAUCUUGUCUUAGCCUAAAAUGCCACAUCCCCAUGUUGCCUUUGUUUGAGUUAAGUUACAUAUAAACUGAUAUUAUCUGUAAUUUUGAUCAUAGGGUUGAUAAACAUGAGUAAUAAUUACUGACUCAAGGAUAAAACGUCUUUCCUGUUAUAGUACUAGGCAGAGUGGUUAUUGACGUGAAAUGAGUGUUUAUUCACAGCAUGACAUUCAGAAGUUGGAUCUACAAAAUGUUUUUAGUUUUAAUAAUUUUUCAAGUAAUUUAUUUAUUAUAAUUUUUGUUUCAUAGUUAUGAAAGUAUCUAAACCCCAAAUAUGUCAUGCAGUGAGACUGUAUAUGGAAAAGGAGACUACAAAGAUUAUUACAAAUGGUGUUCAAGUGAUAAUAAUAGCAAAGUACACUGGCAGGAUUUCAUUUUAUUAAUAAUUAUAAUUUUUUUUUUUAAAUAUGCUUUAUGCAGAAUAUGUCACUUAUAUAAAAAUAAAAAUGUAGAACUAUCAGGCAUUUUAAAGCUGUUAGGAUAAAAUAAAUUAGCAUUUUGUCAAGAAAUUAGUGUUGACAUUAUUGUAGGCUCUUUAUCUUACUGUGUAAGGCCUUGAGGCGACUGUUGUAGUGAUUUGGCAUUUUAUAAAUAAAUGGAUAUUAUUUGAAUUAUGAAGUAAAACGGUCAUGAUGAAAAGGAUAUUUCACCAUCCAGAGGACUCAGUGGGGUUUUUAUAGCUAGUUGGAAAGUUUUACAGCUCUCACUCUAACAUAAGUGAAGAAGUUAAGAAUAGCUUAAUUCAAAUGGUGGUUUAAUGUGAGGUGGAACAACCAACGUAAAACUAGGAAAAUAUUAACUUGUAAAAAAUUUGAUAUAAUUUAAAAGGUAUACUAUGUGUAUGCUCUUAGUACCAAACCUGGAAGUUAAAAGGUGCUCAUUUUAAAAGUCGAAGAAGAAUUACGAAUGAUUGGGGCUUUUCAUUUAAUGAACAACAUCACAUGGGGCAAGUCUCAUGGUCUCAUGUCAGCUUGUUAUGUCUUGUCCACCUUGUGGACCAAAUUGAUAACAUAAAAUAAACCAAUGUUAUGCAUAUAUUUAUGGUUAAAUUGAGUAAGUUAAAUGGAAUACUAAAAAAAAAAAAACUGGACCCAAUUUAAUUAAAAUGUAUUCUUAAUCUAAAAGACAUGAAUUGAAGUCACAGAACACAGAUUUCAGAUCAUGGCUUUUCUUCAGUGGUACUUGUAUUUUAGAAGGUAUUAAUAAACAUUUGCAGAGUAAGAUUAGGGACAUUUCAGUCCAGUUAAUAUGAACGUGACUGUACAUUCAAAACAUUUAUCCGCUUCUGCUUAAUUCCCUCAACCCCUGGGGGGUGGCAUUUGGCACGUCACACAUGGAGAAUUUGGACAAAAUUGUUCAAGCAUUAUAUCUUGAGAUUGACCAGUAUACUAUUCUAAUACUUCAUGAAGCCUUCUCAUGAAAUGAUAAAUGAUGAUUACUAGUUUGAAAUGGAACCAAAUAGUAGAAAUGACCAAAAUGUGAACACCAAAGUGUUAUGUGGAUUUUUACAUAGAUUCAAAUCUUCCAGCCCCUGAAACUAAAAAGUGUGGGGGGUUUUUUUAAAACAAAAAACAAAACGGUAAAGUAUUAGCCAGUACACUUCACAAUGCAACUGUCUCUGUUUCCUCUUGUAGUCUCACUUUUGGAAAGAAAGUUCUUUUUUCCCAGUGAUGUAGAUAUAUAAUCUAAAACACAAUUCAAGAAAUCCUUUACAGAAACAUUGACCCAUGGGCAGCAGUUGGGCUGUUGUGGAAGAUGCAGUCCUCUCAUCUUUUAUCAGUACCUGUGGAAUGACUGUAAUGCCAUCUGUAUUCACCAUACCUGCAACACACUGAAAUCACACUAGUAAAAAUUAGUUUUAAAAUAUUAAUAAAUAUUGCAUAUGUGCAGAACCUACUCUGUUCUGAAUGAGGUCAUUGCCUUUGAUUUGUCAGCUUUGAAGGCCACAAGAUGUAGAAAACAGUAAAAGAAAAUUAAAGUAAUUAUUAUUUUAUGAUACAUGGAUAAUAAAAGAAAUCCUAGAAGUUCAAAUAGAUACACAAGCCCAGUGAAGCAGAUAGGCUCUAACCUAAACAGUGUAAAGUGCAUUUUAUUCAAUCAUUUUAUUUAGUCUCUAUGUAUUAAGUUGUAGCAUGUUACUGUUGUCAUAUAACCAACCAAUGUAUGGAUUACAUACUUUAUGAGUGAUUUGUUGUAGAAAUGGACAGAGUAUUUUUUGAUGAAUUAAUUGUCUUUUGUUCUAUUAGAAAAGUUGCCAAAUAUUAAAGUCAGCAAAAUCUAUUUUUCAGCACUGUAUAGAUAUUGUAUUCCUGCUGUCUCUGUCAGAAUAUUAAUGUUAAACUUAACUGCAAUAAAUGAUUAAUAGAAUGAUAAACAACAA